AUAGCAUUGCUGCACAUCGGUUUGAUACUUUGGGUGGUUCCAUGUUGACUCUCAUGCAGUUCAUGACCUUCGACAGCGUGGCACCGGUCUACACACCUCUGAUAUUUGCGAAGCCAUGGUUGUUCAUCUAUUUCUUGGUUUUCCUCCUGCUUGGUCCUAUUGCCCUCAUGAACAUCAUGAGGGGCCAUCAUGGUGGAGUCCGCCCUCCGCACCGCCAACGAGGACCAGGUUGCAAAGAGGGCAUGGGAUGACAUGAGAAGGAAGAACAUGAUGCCCAAGCUGAGAAAUUUGUUCAUGACUCUGGACACGACUGGUGAUGGAGAAGUGGACCUUGAAGAGAUCCUGAACGCUCCAUCCGACAUCAAGGAGGCCAUGCAGCACAUCGUGGGCUUGAACCAGCUGGAGGAAGUUUUCCAUCUGCUGGACUAUGACGGGAGCGGCACCGUGGACAUUAAUGAAUUUGUGGAGGGGAUUUUGCGGUCGCAAGGAGAGAAGCCCUCGGAGCUCUUCGUGAUCAUGAAGCAGGGCAAGGCCAUCUUACACAGAUUGGGGCAUUUGCGUCCAUCUAGGAGGUCAUCUAUUGAGAUUGGUUGCCAUGGCGAUACUUCUCCGUAACGCGUGGCUUAGCAAGGCUCUUACGAUCACGAAAUAUGUAAGAACAACAUUGGAUAUAGUUGUGUGUGUGUGUUGUUGUAUGCUUUAGUCCUGUGAAUGCACCCGCGAUUGUGCUUAGCUCUGUUUGUUUGCAGUCCUUUGUGCUGGACGGAUUUCAAGCCAGGUGUUUACGACGGAUUUACACAGUGCGCCCUUCGUAUAUAAGUCGCGUGUCCAACAACGCCGUACUGAACAUGGCCGCCGAAAGGCCGCUGAACGAAGCCAUUGCUAAGCGACAAAUGGUUUUCUUAGGGCAGCUCGCGAGGCCACCCUGCAACGACCCUGUGCGAUACUCCGUCCUACAGCCCAGCGGCAUUGAACCGCGAUUGCCGACAGGGCCUCGCAAACGAGGGCGCCCCCGACAGAUGUGGGGCAACAUGGUUCUGAAUAAGUGUUUGAGAAUAGCCGGCGCCCGCCGCCGCUUAGCUGAUUUCCCAGCCGGAGGCCGGUGAAGAAGCGGCGUGGGAGUCGGCGGUGAAAGCAUGGCGCGACUGACCGGUCGCUUGUCCAUUUUGCGUGCUUCCUGCUUGUGCACCUUUUGGUGCUAGCUCUCCCCCUCCCCCUCCUCCUCCUCCUCCUCCUCCUCCUCCUCCUCCUCCUCCUCCUCCUCUUCCUCCUCCUUCUCCUCCUCCUCCUCCUCCUCUUCCUCCUCCUCCUCCUCUUCCUUCUCUGAGUCACCUUAGUGGUACCGGCGCCACGCCUGUUUGACGUUUCACUUUGCUCACGCCGGUGCAAGGCUUACUUGACUUGACCCCUCCGCACGCCUCCCGAAACAUCCGAUCGGGCUGGCAAAUUUCGCGCCAGUACGGCUCGCUGCACGCCGUUUAGGCGAGGCGGUAGCGUGCUCCGCUCAGGCACAGACUAGUGAGAGGGUCUAAGACGUGCGUGUAGAUGCAGGUGAGGAGUACUGCACGUCUCUGGCUUCACAUGUGAUUCCCUUCUAGCUCACUGAGGCAUGUUGUGGUGUUGUGGCACGGCAUGGCCAGUGCGCCCAACCAGUCACUGCUCGUGAACCUUGACGGCUAUCAUCUGGCCGACGGCUCAACUCUGCAUGCCUCACCCCUUGCCUCUCUUUCGAUUUUCCUGGCGGUCGCAGUUCGUCAUAUUUGCAGCGCCCUCUGGUUGCAAGAUGACGGCCACCUAUGCCGACAUCGUUCCUUAGUGCUCGUUCUGCGGCCGCAGUCGUCUCGAAGUUGCUGGCUCUGGAGUUUGUCUCGAGGAUGCUGGCUCUCGAAGCCUUGCCUUCCUUUCCAGAGCACGAGCACGGAGCCACACGCCGUCUUGCGCGUAGGCGGGAAAAGUUUGAAUUCCUGCUAAGCAGGACAAUAGGAGGAUGAGGAG